AUGUUUCUUUUUUUCUCAGUAACCACAACGCCACCUCCAGCCUCUGGCCACGCCAGAAAAUGCAACGACACAGAGAAAGCCUACUGUGUGAAUGGCGGCGACUGUUACUUCAUACACGGUAUAGAUAAGCUCGCCUGCAAGUGUCCAAAUGACUUUACUGGUGAUCGCUGUCAAACCUACGUUAUGGCCAGUUUCUACCAGCAUCUUGGGAUUGAAUUUAUGGAGGCAGAGGAACUCUACCAGAAAAGAGUCCUGACAAUCACGGGUAUUUGUGUGGCGCUGUUGGUGGUGGGCAUCGUGUGUGUGGUCGCCUACUGUAAAACCAAGAAACAAAGAAAGAAGAUGCACACUCAUCUGCGACAAAAUAUGUGUCCAGAACAUCCCAAUCGUAACCUUGCUAACGGACCCAAUCACCCCGGACCAGGCCCAGAGGAAAUCCCUAUGGUAGAUUACAUAUCAAAGAAUGUCCCUGCAACUGAACGAGUCAUACGGCCUGCAACAGAGGGGUCGUUCCCUGCCAGCCAUAACUCUUCCAGAUCUCACAACUCUUCCACACGAGCCCAUUCAUCAACACACAGACAUGAGGAACGGACAUGGAGCCUGGCACAUUCUGACAGCAUCCUCUCCGACUCGCCGGGAAUGAUGUCAUCAUCCGUGGGGACCAGUAAAUGCAGCAGUCCUGCGUGCAUGGACGCACGGGCACGACGCGCUGGUCACUGUGGUUACUCUGACCCCCAUCGGACGGGCCUGCAGUACAGAGACUCUUUCGACUCGCUGGGAGACUCUCCGCACAGCGACAGAUACGUGUCAGCCCUGACGACACCAGCCCGACUCUCCCCAGUGGAUUUCCAUUACUCAUUGCCCUCGCAGGUGCCUACCUUCCAGAUAACAUCCCCCAAUGCCAGCCAUGCCAUGUCUCUCCCUCCUGCUGUCCGCAACCCCUACCCUCUGGAGGAUGACCAGCCCCUGUUGCGCCGCUACCAGGUGCCACUACACGAUGCCCAGUGCCAGGAGCCCUACCGGCAGCAGCGCCGCACCUAUCUAAACGACAGCAGGGGCAGCCUGCCCUCCAGCCCCUACCGGCUGGCUAAAGAAGAAGACUAUGAGACCACCCAGGAGUAUCUCUCCUCUCGGGAGCAACCAAAGAGAAGUGGGUCCAGUGGAACUGGUAGCCGGCGCUGGCGGAGAUCCAGACUUAAUGGCCACGUGGCCCCGCGUGGAUACGAGGCCUCUCGGGACUAUGGGUCUCGAAGCUGCCUAACAGAUAGUGAGUCAGAGGAGGACGGGGAGAACACGCCCUUCCUCAGUAUGCAGAACAUGAAUGCCGAGCCCUCCACCAUCUACAGGCCGGUGGACAGUCGGACUUCUCACUCAUCGGGGCGGCACAGUGGGCAUGGGAACAUGCAUACAAGACUUACACACUCACGCUCCAAACCGGACAAUACACCCAUUAAAGAGUGAAAAUGAACCAACAAAAAUCAAUAUAGUAUAGACCUGCAUCUAUAAGAAAUAUUUUUAUUUUAUAUAACUGAGAUAUUCUAAACAAAUGAAAUAUUUAUUUUCAUUUUAGCAAAAGUUGUCUACUAGUUAACAGCAAAGACUUUUUUAUAGGGAAAACUCUAUUUAUAUGUACAUUUUUGAUUUACAGCAUAAAAAGAUGUGCCAGUUUUUUCACAACGUAAAAAAAUAAUAGUAAUAUUGUGGUGCCUUUUGCUGUAUGCCGAUGCCAGAGGGCCAGUGGAGGUUUUUGUAGCCUUUCUUAUAUGGACGCCUCAUUUUUUAUACACAUUUAUGUUGUUUUUUCCUCUCUGGUUUCCUGUUUUACUUUCUUUCCAAGUUGCAUUCUUUGAGGAGUCUAGCCCCACUGGAACAUAACCCCUUCCAUGUCAUGCAAUAUAAACCACUUCAACAUAAAGUGUAUGUUUACAUUAAUAUGAUUCGCCUGUAGGGUAUAUGAUUUGGGAUCUAAUUGAGCGCCUGAUAAAUACGAUGUAGAUCCUUUUUUCCCUCUGACUGAUGUCUACAGAGAGAUUGUGUGUGUGUGUGUGUGUGUGUGUGUGUGUGUGUGUGUGUGUGUGUGUGUGUGUGUGUGUGUGUGUGUGUGGUGAUUGUUAGAUGAAUUUCAUUGUCUGUUGUGAUGACAUUCAAACUUGUGGAUCUACCGGUGACAGAAGAGUGUAUCAGAGGUUCACAGAAUAGUGCUUUAUCAGAACAGUGACCCCCCGUGUAUGUGGACAGGUAAGGCUGUUUUAGGGUUGUAUGUUAUGCAGGUCAUUGCUUGAUGGGUUUACAGCUAUUCCUUCACUUCCCCAGCCUGCCCCAGUUUAGUCCUAUUUGAUUCCCCAGCAGGUUUUCCCUCAUGUUAGUUUCUUAAGAGGCCAACAAACGCUGAGCCGCUUGGCACAGGGUGACCCCUGCCAUCAGGAGUGAUGGCAAAACAAAAAGAUUGCAUCUGUUUUCACUCAACUCAGCCCCUAAUGCCAUUCUUCAUCAUCCUUCUGUGUCCAUUCUGUUUUUGUGGAUCGUAUUAAAGGCCACACAGUGUCUCAGGAUUUACACUUGCCCACCCCCCCUUUUCCCUUCCACCUUAAACUCUGUUCACCCUCUUCCUCAACUUAAGGUCUACCUAAGACUAAGGCUCUCAGAUCAUGAAGGCCGAAAUGUAAAACAUACAGCCUACCAGUUCCCUGAACACAUGCACAUAGAGAGAAGGAAAGUAGAAGCAGCUGAGUGGAGGACAGUAUAGAACAUACUAGACAAUAUAAUGGAAAUAGCUGUGAAACUUUGGAGGAUCAUACAAUGCAAAAAUAUGCAAACUUUCUAUUUUGCUGUUUGAUUACAUAAUUUUCUAACAGGUGACUGUAGUGUGUUUUGUGUGGAAAAAAACGAUGUGAUGCCUGUAGUGUAGAAUGAACAUGAUAUAAAUGCAUAUUUACAUGAGUUAGUUUUUAAAGCCAUUAUGCAGCCAUCUAUAAAGUUGUCAGCCUUUCUUGUUCACAUGUCCAUUGAAUGACUGUGUCCAUGAAUUGUUGUAUCACCUACUUUUAGACUGCUCCACUUAACAUGCACACUUCCAAGUAAUGGCAAAAAGCAUCCAGACAGUGUCUCCUCCGAUGGUACUGUGUACUGCUUUUUAUCUUGUCGACGGUUAGUCCUUUCAAAUGAACUCCAUAAAUGAGGGUGAUUUCAAAAUUAAAAACAUUUGAGCCCCCUGUCCUCCAUUGAAGGAUAUAAACAUUUCCAAGGUAAUUCAAGAAUCAUGACUCAGUGAGAGAGAACAGUUGUGUCACUGUUGGUAUGGUAUUUACUCCUUAAAAAAAAAAAAAUCUGAAUUAUCAGACUAUAACUCUUGAAAAAAUUAAUCUGCAAUAUUUACGUCUAUGGUAAACGCACAGUGGUAUUGCUAUAUAGAAAGGUCUUUGGUCACACCUCACAUGCAGAUACUUCAUUGAGUUUCUCACCUCUGGGUUUACUUUUGUAUGUCUGAAAAAUACAGAAGAAGAUAGUGCUCCUCUAGUUUAAAUGUGAUACUCCCUUCACUCUUCUAGUCCUCUCACACAAUGGAGAUGCUACCAGGCACAUCCUGCCACUCUCUUCUGUUUAAUUUUAUGACCCCCCCACUCCACCUGACUCCCACCCUCGCUUGAAAUGUUUGAACACCUCUCCUCUGCAUGUCCUUGUGGUCACGGUUAGAUGGGUGCAUGGUAAAAAAGCAGCAGACAAUUAUUUUCCAGUCAGUGAAAGUGUAUUUCAUUUUAACAUUCAGCAAUAAAAGAGAACCUUCCCCCAUGUCAUUCCUGAAAUAUGCUAGAAAAAAAGAAAAAAAAUGCGAGAUUGUCAUAGAUUGUAAAAUAAAAUGAAAAAUGAAUCCACCUGUUCA